AUGAUAGCCAUUACUUUCGCAGUCUCCCUUGUCUUUCUCUGUUUUUGUGUACGGGUUAGUAUGUUUCUCUCUCUCUCUCUCUCUCUCUCUCUCUCUCCCUUUCUCUAUAUCUGUUUCUCUAUAUCUCUCUUUUUCUCUCUUUCUCUAUCUCUCUAUUUCUCUCUAUCUCUCUCCCUCUUUCUCUAUCUCUUUUUAUCUAUCUCUUUCUUUCUCUUUCUCUUUCUCUUUCUCUCUUUCUCUCUCUCUUUCUCUCUCUCUUUCUCUCUCUCUCUUUCUAUCUCCCUAAUUCUCUAUCUCUCUUUCUCUUUCUCUCUCUUUCUCUAUUUAUAUCUUUCUCUAUCACGCUCUUUCUCUCUCUUUAUCUCUCUAUCUCUUUCUAUCUCUCUCUUUCUCUAUCUCUAUCUGUCUCUCUUUCUCUAUCUCACUCUCACUCUCUUUUUCUCUAUCUCUUUUUCUCCUUCUUUCUCUCCCUUUAUCUCUCUCUCUAUCUUUCUUUCUCUAAUCUCGCUCUUUCUCUAUCUCUCUAUCUCUUUCUAUCACUCUCUUCCUCUAUCUCUAUCUGUCUCUCUUUCUCUAUCUCACUCACUCACUCUCUCCCUCCCUCUGUGUGUGUGUGUGUGUAUAAAAGUUAAGUAA